GGUGGAGAGAGAGAAAGAGCAGGAAGAGAAAGCUCUGUGUGUGUGUGUGUGUGUGCAGUCAUGGACUUGCGCUCGGAGCUGCUCAAGUCCAUCUGGUUUGCUUUCACUGCGCUGGACGUAGAGAAGAGCGGCAAAGUGUCCAAGUCCCAGCUGAAGGUUCUGUCACAUAAUCUGUAUACAGUGUUGUGUAUCCCUCAUGAGCCGGCUGCUCUGGAGGAACAUUUCCGUGAUGAUGAUGAUGGACCGGUCUCUAGUCAGGGCUACAUGCCGUACCUCAACAAACACAUACUCGAUAAGGUGAAAGAGGGCAUGUUUGUGAAGGAGAAUGUGGACGAGCUCUGCUGGACUCUCACAGCCAAGAAGAACUACAGGCCUCAGGGGGACAGUGUCCUGCCUCAGAAAGAUGCCUUCCGACUCUGGUGUCUCUUCAUCUUCCUCUCGGAGGACAAAUAUCCCCUGGUGAUGAUCCCUGAUGAGGUGGAGUACCUACUGAAGAAGCUGUGCAUGGCCAUGAAUGUGGAGCUGAACUGUGUGGAGCUGGAGGACUUUAUUUCCCAGGAUUCCAUUCAGCAGAACGGUUUCAACGUUUGGGCUUUCCUGCAGAUGAUGAACUCUGGGAAGCUCACCAGAGGACUUACCAAGGAAACGAUCAGCAUGGCCAUCGAGGAAGUGUAUCGAGAGAUAGUAGGGGAUGUCUUGAAGGAGGGCUACCUGUGGAAGAAGGGUCAUUUGAGGCGGAACUGGAUGGAGCGCUGGUUCACCCUCAAGCCAAGUUCUCUGGAUUACUACAUCAGUGAAGACCGCAAAGAACGCAAGGGCAGCAUCACACUGGACACCAACUGCUGUGUAGAGGUUCUACCUGACAGAGAUGGGAAGAGGUGUAUGUUCUGCCUGAAGACGAUCUCCAAGACAUUCGAGCUCAGCGCCUCGGACACCAAACAGCGUCAGGAGUGGACGUCAGCGAUCCAGACGGCGAUCCGGCUACACGCAGAGGGGAAGUGCUCCCUGCACAAGGAGCUGAAGAUGAAGCGGAGGGAGCAGCGAGAACGAAGGGAGAGGAGGAGGGAGGAGAAGGAGCAGGAGCUGCAGCACCUCCACCUGCUGCAGGAGGAACGUGAGCGCAAGAAUGCUGAGCUGGAGCUGCUGAAGGAGGCGCAGAAACAGGCGCAACUCCUGCUAGAACAAGAGGAAAAACGGAGACGAGAGCAGCACGAACAGCUCCAACAAGCGCUGGAGCUUCAGCUGAAGGAGGCGCAGGAGGCACGUGUGUCUAUGCAGGCUGAGAUGGCUCUGAAGGAGGAGGAGGCGGAGCGUCAGAGGAGGCGGAUCCAAGAGCUGGAGGAGAUGCAGCAGAGGUUAGAGGAGGCACUGAGACAGGAGAUCAAAGCAAGACAGGAUGAGGAGCAGCACCGAUACAAACAAGCCAGGUUGCUGGAUGAGGAGGAGGAGAAGAUGAAGUCCCUGAUGACUCUGCAGGAAGAGCAGGAGGAGUUCAUUCAGCGGGAGCAGAGGGAGAAGCAGGAGCUCAAGCAGGAGAUGGAGAACAAAACACGAGCGCUGGAGGAGGCGCAGAAACAGCUGGAAGAGAUCAGAGCUAACAGACACAGAGUGGACCAGGAUGUGGUGGCUGCCCAGAGGAAGCUCCGGCAAGCGAGCACAAAUGUCAAACACUGGAAUGUUCAGAUGAACAGACUGAUGCACCCUAUUGGACCUGGAGAGAAGCGAUCAUCAUUAGGAGGAUACUCCAGUGUCCGUAUCCCAUCACAUAAAGAUCCUGCGCUGAGGCUCAGGAGGACAAGCAGCGAGCAGGACGAGGAGAGCAAGGAGAACACGGCGGAGAACCGGCUCUCGAUGGCCUCCAACGGAACCAUGGACACACACUGAGGGGCAGAACCACAUCUACAUCUACACCUGACAACCAUUCACAAAUAUAAGUAUGAGAGAGAGAGAGUGUGUGUGAGAGAGAGAGAGAGAGAGAGAGAGAGAGAGAGAGUGUGAGAGUGUGAGAGUGUGAGAGAGAGAGAGAGAGAGAGAGAGAGAGAGAGCUACUGAAGCCACUUCAGCAGCGUAAAUCUCCUAAAACCCCAUGGAUUUACCUCAAAACUUUAACUUCAAAACCGGAUCGAAUCGUACGGCUACUAACGCAGCAGACUUACUAUGGAAAAUAUCACAAAAUAUUAACUGUUUAUAUCCUGAAUGUUGCUUGUAAUUGUAUACACGACGUACCAGACGUACACAGAUGUACACAGACGUGUCAUGUCUCAGAGGAACAGAACAAAAGGCCUCGGCGUAAUCCACACCUUCACCUCACUCGCUAGAUGCUAAACUCACCAUCCUCAUCCUCAUGGUUAUUUAACGGUCUCUUUUUUGUAAAUAGAAAACAACAUAACAGUUUUUCUUGUCUUUGUAAUCCCAAGAGCGAGUACAUCGCACAGCGCCACCUUCUGUUCUGGAGCACAGAUUCAGAAGAUAAGCUAAAGAAAGUUUGACCGUCUAAACCUCUCAGACCUUAUGAAGUACGCCGAGGCCUGAAGUGUGCGUGUAAACGUGGCUAACGAUUAUUCUGUAUUUCUCAUUAUGUUUUUAUUGCUUCAUCUGUAUGUAAAGUCCAAGUGUAGAAUAAAUCAUCAUGAUACAAAACUAUAGUCUCAUCCCACGUCAAACAUCUCUCUCUCUCUCUCUCUCUCUCUCUCUCUCUCUCACACACACACACACACACACACACACACACACACACACACACACACACACACACACACACACACUUGGUGGUUUCUUGCUCUUCAGAUUUGUAUCUUGAGUUGCAGACGCAAAAGACUGAAGGAAAUGAGCUGAAACUCUGAAGCACUGUGGUUUCUGCACUUCCUGCUAACACUGCAGAAAACAUGUCAAACCUGAACACACACACAUCUACACUCCAUAAAUAUUUUUAGAAAAUUUUUUAUAAUAUUCUAGAGCCUAAUUAUCAGGAAACAAACUGGACCUGAAACAAGAAACUUUACUUUAACAUUUCAUUAAAAUAAAAAAAAUAAAA